GUAUUAUAUAAAUUAAAUUUAACGAUUUUUUUUUUCUUAUACUUAUAUCAGUGAUUUGUGUUUCUAGAUUAUCGAUUUUCAUCGAAAAUACGUAUUACAUUAUAUUCAGUUACUUUUACAAAUUGCAUAAUAAAUUAAUAAGUUAUGCACACUGCUAUAAAUAAAUAUUCUUUGGUUUGCAAUGUGACCAAAAACAUAUUAUGUGGCUAUAUCAAACGUCGUUCGUCUCAUUUUGUUUAUCACCCUGAACGGAUUUCCAAUGAACUUGGUAAAACUAGUAAGAAGAAUAUGUAUCAGGCAAUCAAUAGUGCUAUGGAUUUGGUUUUGAGCAAAGAUCCGAACAGUGUUGUGUUUGGUGAAGACGUUGGGUUUGGUGGUGUAUUUAGAUGUACUAGUGGGUUACGUGAACGUUAUGGUGAAGAUCGUGUCUUUAACACACCACUCUGUGAACAAGGAAUUGUUGGUUUUGGAAUUGGUCUUGCUGUAGCUGGUACUACAGCAAUUGCAGAAAUUCAAUUUGCAGAUUACAUGUAUCCUGCAUUAGAUCAAUUGGUUAACGAAGCAGCAAAAUAUCGGUACCGUUCUGGUAAUUUAUUUGACUGUGGUAAAUUAACUGUACGAACUCCAUGUUCUGCUGUUGGYCAUGGUGCACUUUAUCAUUCACAGAGUCCGGAAAGUUUCUAUGCUCAUUCGCCAGGACUCAAAAUUGUUAUGCCUCGCAGUGCACAAACAGCAAAAGGGUUACUUCUAUCUUGUGUUCGAGAUCCAAAUCCAUGCAUAUUUUUUGAGCCCAAAAUUAUGUAUAGGUUAGCAGUUGAUGAUGUUCCUGAUGAUGAUUAUGAACUACCUUUAGGAAAAGCCGAUGUGUUGAUCGAAGGUAGAGAUAUCACUUUAAUUGGAUGGGGUACUCAAGUACAUGUGUUGCUUGAAGUUGCGGAAAUAGCUCACAAGGAUUUUGGAAUUUCUUGUGAAGUAAUUGAUCUGGUGACCAUACUACCUUGGGAUAAACAAACAGUAACAAACUCCGUGAAAAAAACAGGCCGUGCUAUAGUGUCCCAUGAAGCUCCCUUAACUGGUGGUUUUGGCGCUGAAAUAGCUGCUUCAAUACAA